AUGCACGAUGCAGCAAAGGUCGGCCUUGACCACAUGCCGGCUGUUGAGCCUACUAUUGCUUCCCUCAUAGUUUCCCCUGACGAAGCUCUGAGGUCGGAGGCCAGGUGCCCUCGACCCCAAUGUCGGGUCACUGAUGACCUGCUCACUAAGGCUUACGAUGCAGCGGCGCGCAUGGGCCGUAUAGGCAAUUCCCUCUCUCACCUCAUGCUUGCCCUCUCAGCUUCCCUGCAGCAGGAGGCUCUUAGCGCUUCCUCUACCAGCCUCAGUGACGCCUCAUUACAGGCGUUUGCUCUGAUGUCUAGAGAGCUUGGGCGCCUGAUGUCCACUCUCGGUGGCUGGCACAGUCACACUUAUCAGAGGCAUGUAGGAGGACUCUCCGUGCUGUCCCAGUGGAGCCGGGGGAGCUGUUUGGUUCAGCUGCCGUACAGGUGCUCGAACGGACUGUCCAAGCUAGCAGCGCCAGAGCCUCCAGAGGCCGGGGUGCAAGGUACUGAGGGUCUGGGGCCGGCUGUCGGUUAUUUCUCCCAGCAGCAGCUCAACUACUGGGUAGCUCAAGCUUCAGACCCCUGGGUGGUUUCCACCUUAACCCAGGGGUACAAGCUUCAGUUCCGACGCCGGCCCCCAGCCUUCAGCCGGGUCAAAAUGACCACCAUAAGCGACCCGGCAAAAGAAAUCGCCCUAAACCAGGAGCUGUCAGUCCUACUUGCCAAGGGUGCAAUCGAACCUGUGGACCCCAUCUCAAAGCCCGGGGGCUUCUACUCGACCUAUUUCCUGGUAAGGAAGAAAGGCGGUGGACUUCGCCCAAUCCUCGAUCUGAGGGGACUCAACAAGUUCCUAAAGAUUUUACCUUUCCAUAUGCUGAGCACAGCGGACGUUCUUCGUACCGUUGCCAGGGGGGAAUGGUUCACGUCCGUCGAUUUGAAGGACGCUUAUUUUCAUGUGCCUAUUGUGCCUCAUCACAGGCAGUUUCUUCGCUUUGCCUUCAGAGGCCGUCAUUUCCAGUUCAGGGUGCUCCCAUUCGGACUCUCCCUCUCCCCAAGGGUGUUCACCAGUUGUGUCGCGGCAGCCCUCUCGCCCCUGCAGUCUCAGGGUAUGAAGAUUCUGCCAUACUUAGACGACUGGCUAAUCUGUGCACCAUCCCGGUUGCAGUCGACCCAGGACACGGCUCUCCUUCUCUCUCAUGUCGCCCGGCUAGGCCUCAGGGUGAACAUGGAGAAGAUUUGUCUGAACCCCUCUCAGAGCCUAACCUUCAUUGGGGUGGCUCUGGACACAGUCACUAUGCGGGCCUGUCCAUCUGCUCAACGCCUGGACGACAUCCUCCAGCUUCUUCCCCUCUUCAAAAGGGGCAGGUCUCUGGCAUAUAUCCUGUUUCUCCGCCUCUUGGGCAAGCUGACAGCUGCCUCAACUGUCGUUCCCUUGGGCUUGUUGUCACUGCGCCCCCUGGAGAGAUGGCUGAACGGCCUCCACUUAGACCCCAAGUUGCACAGGCACAGAAAAAUCAGGAGAGACCGCUACGAUGGAUGCCAGCCUCUCGGGAUGCCAGCCUCUCGGGAUGCCAGCCUCUCGGGAUGGGGUGCGGUGUGGCAAAACAGGACAUGGUCUGCUCAGGACUGCACAGAACACAUCAACGUGCUAGAGCUGCGAGCUGUGCACCUAGCACUCAGGCACUUCCUGCCAUACCUGAGGGGGAGGCAUGUGCUUGUCCGCUCGGACAACACUACAACGGUGUAUCACAUAAACCACCAGGGGGGCAUCAAAUCUGCACGCUUGCUAGAGGUGUCCCAGACUCUCCUGACCUGGGCAGCUCCUUGCCUGGCCAGCCUACGGUCAAUGUAUCUGCCCGGAGAGCAGAACCAAGUCGCAGACUUCCCCUCCCGUCACAAGCCUCCACCAGGGGAGUGGCGGCUUCAUCCAGAGGUGGUGGCCAGCAUCUGGGGUCUCUUCGGCAGGGCAGAGGUAGAUCUCUUUGCCUCGAAGAUGUCGACCCACUGCCCCCUAUGGUUCUCCUUGAUGGAGAAGACCAGCCCUUUGGGUCAGGACGCCCUGGCUCAUUCAUGGCCAGGGUGUCUUCUCUAUGCCUAUCCACCCCUUCCUCUGAUCCUACCAACACUCCUCAGAGUGCUUCAUCAGGGCCACAGGCUUCUUCUGGUGGCCCCCUUCUGGCCAGCCAGGACUUGGUUCUCCCUGCUGCACAGACUCUGUUGCGGGACACCUUGGCGUCUCCCCAACAGGAAGGACCUCUUGUCUCAGCUGGAGGGUCGGAUGUGGCACCCCGACCCCUGCCGCCUCCAGCUGUGGGUCUGGCCACUGGAGGGCCCGACUCACUGCUGA